AGAGAGAGAGAGAGAGAGAGAGAGGAGGGAUGACAGGAGAUGUGGUUGUUGCCGCGGCAGCAGAGCCGGACCAGAUCUGAGACAGUAAAACACUCCUCCACCUCCUCCUCUUCUUCUUCUUUACCUUCAUUCCUCCUCCUGCAUCCGUCCGUCCCGUCAACACCUGGAACAAAAAGCAACCUGCCUCUGGCUUCUUCAUCUUCAUCCUCAUCAUCAUCAUCAUCAUCAUCCUCAGUGUGGACGGCCUUACAUGGACAUGGAGUAAAGGGACGGCCUGUCGCCUCCUCCCUGCUCUCCGACACAAAGCUGCUGUCUCUCCACCCAAACAACCUCCACCACCUCCUCCACCAGGAGAGAGAGAGAGAGAGACACAGAGAGGGAGGGAGGAGGGAGGCGGUAAAACAGAGACAGAUAAAGGAAAAUUAGAGAGGGCAAAACAGCAAGAGGAGCAGAAGGAGGGAGGAGAGAGGAAGAGGAGGCUGCUCAUCCAUAAUCUCCACGCAGAGCAGAAACACUUAGAGCGAGCGAGCAACACUCCAUUCUGUCUAUCUUGCAACUUCAGGAACCAUCAUCACAAUUUAAUAAGAAUUUGAAAGGCUGCGGCGCUGCAACACAUCAGUCUUCAGAGGGAGAGAGGGCGGGCUCAGACUGCAGCUGUAACGCUUCAUACCUGGAUUCACUUCUUCAGGUCCCAGCAGCAAUAAAGCUGCGACCAGAACAGAACUUUAUUAAUAUUACUGUGUCAGGAGAGUCUGAGUGUUCAACGGCGACACAAAGUUCUGCAGAGGAACAGGAACAGGAAGUACUCCUGGGAGUUUUAAAAGUCUUGCCCUGAGGGUCGUCUUGCAGGCCCAAGAAGGAGCUCUGCUUUUAUUUUGGAGGGCUCCAGCCCCGCCCACCAGCAGGACCUCACAAGGAACUCGUCAAAAUAAAAGACAGGCCAGAUGCAUCGGCGUUCCUGCUUCCUGACCGCGUUUUUUUCAUGGCUUGAUACCUGACCGCCUCCCCCUUCCUCCCCCCUCCCCCUCAUCCCCCCACAUGGCCAUCCACUUCCUGUCUCGCCACACGAAGUGAGCGAGGUUUAGUUAAGGUGUUUACCUCGAGUCCAUUAACCCCGCCCACCCCGAGGACAGAACUUUGACUCUCUCCGGGCGGGACGCGCUGAUGCAAGAUGGCGGCAGGCGUGGCGACAUGGCUGCCGUUUGCGCGGGCCGCGGCGGUUGGUUGGCUGCCAUUGGCCAAGAAGACGAUGCCCAAACCUCCCGUGGACAACUCGUCCAGAUCAGAUGAGAUCCUGUACGUCAACGUCAGCGGGGUCAGGUUUCAGACAUGGAAGAACACUCUGGACCGUUAUCCAGAGACGCUGCUCGGUUCUUCAGAGAAGGAGUUUUUCUACAACGAGGACACGCAGGAAUACUUCUUCGACCGAGACCCUGAAAUGUUCCGACACAUUCUCAACUUUUACCGUACCGGGAAACUCCACUACCCGCGACACGAGUGCGUCCAGGCCUUCGAUGAAGAGCUCGCCUUCUACGGCAUCGUGCCGGAGAUCAUUGGAGACUGCUGCAUGGAGGAAUACCGGGACAGGAAGAAGGAGAACCAGGAGCGCCUGGCAGAGGACACGGAGGCCAACGAGGCGAUGGACGCCCCCCUCCCUCCACACAGCACCUCCAGGGAGCGGCUGUGGCGAGCCUUCGAGAACCCCCACACCUCCACCAUGGCGCUGGUCUUCUACUACGUCACCGGCUUCUUCAUUGCCGUCUCCGUCAUCGCCAACGUGGUGGAGACGGUGCCGUGCCGGCCUCCCAAAGGCAGCGUCAAAGACCUUCCCUGCGGGGAGAAGUACCAGCUGGCCUUCUUCUGCAUGGACACGGCCUGCGUGCUCAUCUUCACCUUCGAGUACCUGAUGCGUCUGUUCGCGGCGCCCAGCCGCUGCAAGUUCAUGCGCUCGGUGAUGUCGGUGAUCGACGUGGUGGCCAUCAUGCCCUACUACAUCGGCCUGGUGAUGCCCGAGAACGAGGACGUGAGCGGCGCCUUCGUCACGCUCCGGGUUUUCCGCGUCUUCCGGAUCUUCAAGUUCUCGCGGCACUCUCAGGGUUUGAGGAUCCUGGGCUACACGCUGAAGAGCUGCGCCUCCGAGCUGGGCUUCCUGCUCUUCUCCCUCACCAUGGCCAUCAUCAUCUUCGCCACCGUCAUGUUCUACGCCGAGAAGGGCACCAAGGGCUCCACCUUCACCUCCAUCCCGGCCUCCUUCUGGUACACCAUCGUCACCAUGACGACGCUCGGGUACGGCGACAUGGUUCCUAACACCAUUGCGGGGAAGAUCUUCGGCUCCAUAUGCUCUCUCAGCGGCGUGCUGGUGAUCGCCCUGCCGGUGCCGGUCAUCGUGUCCAACUUCAGCCGGAUCUACCACCAGAACCAGAGAGCGGACAAGAUGAGAGCGCAGCAGAAAGUGCGUUUGGCUCGGAUCCGCAUGGCCAAGAAAGGAACAGCCAACGCCUUCCUCCAGUACAAAGAAGACCGAUCACUCGGGGACCGGGACAGCGACAGCACAGCUCUGUGUGUGAAGAACAGAUCGGCGUUCGAGCAUCAACACAACCACCUGCUGCACUGUCUGGAAAAGACAACGAACCACGAGUUCACAAACGAGAUCACCUACAGUGAGUUGUGUAUGACCGAGUCGGUGGGCUACAGGACCAGUCGUAGCACCUCCCUCUCCAGCCAGCAGGGGACGCAGAACAACUCCACCGGCUGCUGCCCCCGCCGGGCCAGAAGGAGAGCCGCCAUGCGGCUGGCUAACUCCACGGUGUCCGUCAGCCGGGGGAGCGUCCAGGAGCUCGACACCCUGCACGUCAAAACCACCUCCAUCCCACCACAAACUCGUUCCAGUCUGAAUGCCCAGACCAGCGAUCUGAAGCUGAACUGUGGGGAACAGGAUUUCACCGCUGCCAUCAUCAGCAUCCCCACGCCGCCCGCCAACACGCCUGAUGAGAGCCUCCCCCCAUCACCUGCCCCCAUACCCGGGAUCCUGCGCAACACCCGGGCCACCGCCUACACCCACGACACCGUCAAAAUCUCCUCCUUAUAACCGCCGACCACGCCUGCGACUUCCCCCCGAUAACCCAGUCCGCCUCCCCACUAGCCAACCUCCCCAUGAACUGUGAACCUCCUCUGAACCUCUGAUCCUGAACACAGGGCACUGCUAGCUGACAUUUAAGGGACUCGGAUACUUUGAGUACCUCUGGUGUGUUUCACUCCUUCUCAUGUGGAACAAACCCAAAUGGAGGCAGAAUGGCUUUGACCAUACGAGUGACAGCAGCCAACUGGAGCUCAGUCCAAGGACAGGAGUUCAGAAAGGAACAGUAACCCCCCUAUGCAUUACAGACCCCAACACGCACUUGCCUCCCUGCACAGUUUGGACCUUUUGGAUCUGAUCGCACAAACCCGGGAGGAUUCAUUCUGGACCUUCAAUGGAAAAGAUGCCAAGACUCUCAGAGACAUUCAGCACCGUGAGACCAGCUGAGACGUCUGUUCUGCAUCCCCUCUAAACACAACGCUGUCGAGGACGUCAGUGUGAACCUGCCGAGAACGGACUGAGUCAAGUUAUUUUGACGUGUCGCUUGUGGGAGAGAAUCCGACCGCCGGGCGACCGCCGGGCGAUCAUUUAGACUCAGACUCGUCUGUGAUUGGAAGAACAUGCGACAGAGAUGAACUGUUGACAACCAAACAACCCUCAGUGGCUUCAGAGGUCCAUGCUACAGUUUUGUAGGAAACAGAUGGUGGCUGUACUGAUGCUUCCUUUUCUUUGCAGCAACACUCUGGAUCUUCAAGCCUGAUUGGACCUCUGCUCGAAAUUUAAAGGUUGUAGGUUUGAACCCCAAGAACGGGUCAAGAUGUCUUUGAAGAGGAUGAGGAUGACUUUUAAAAGAGACGGAGUCUGGGACGAUGAUCUCUUCACUGGCUUCGAGCCACUUCAGGUCACAUUUUAAAGAAUUCACGAGCGAGAACUCUUUUUUUUUUUUGCAUGAGAUGAAUGAACAUGAACAUCACGGAGCAAAGAUCCAGACGCUGCUGAAACUCAUGAAUCCAACAUGAACUGAACUCAACUGGGUUUAACUGAUCUAUGCUGAGCCUGAACACAACUACACUGAGCUGAAUUCAAGGAGCUGACCUGUGAUGAACCGAGCUGGUCUGAGCAGCACUGGACUUAUCUGGUUUUCUAAAUGGGACUGCGGGGAGGAAAGGGUUCUGGACUGGAUUAAUCUGGUCUGAUGUGGACUGGUCUGGUCUGCCUGUAGCUCAGAAGUGUUUGUCAGCGUUGACAACUGACGCCCAGACUGGAAGCGAAAGCCUUUUACUUUUCAAAAUAUGCAACAUUACAAGAAGCAGGAAAAUAGCAUCAACAGAAGAGAAUAAUAAUAAUAUCAAUAAUAAUGUGUGUGUUAUAAAACUACAGUAAUUAUUGCAGGGAACAUAAUGUAAAGCAACUAAGAAAUUCAUUUGUCAUGUGAUCUUUUCAGAACACAACAAGUAUUCUGCAAUAGAUUAAACAGGAAAGGGAAAUGCAGAAGCUCGUUAGUCUUAAACUCUUCUGUCCCGAUGACGUGCACUCUGACACCGGAAAGGUUUUCCAGCACACGAGGAGCCACGUGCAGAUGUCUGAGGGUUUUAAUGACGUAAAGAAUACACAGAGAGAUCAUGUAUGACAGAGCUGACACUGAGCGAGCUCCGCUCGGGUCACAAGUUCUCCGAUUCGGAGCACCAUCAUUUCAACUAUGAGAAAAAUCAGGUGGUGAACCAGUGGGACGAUGUCCAAACUGAAGCUGAGUCCUCUUCCAUGUCAGCCCCUGUUCCUCAUGGAGCGUUUCCUCCAUCAGAGUGUUGAAAUGUUUUAGUCUUUGCACCGACUCUCCGUCACCAGUGGAUCAGCAAACUCAACUUUUAAAAGCUCGACAGUUCAGCUUAGUGCUGACAUGCUUGUUAAGUAGACACUACAAGCUUUGAGCAUUCUGUGAGGUCACAGAAUGUUUUUGUCGGCGAAGUCUGUCGGCUUUAAAGCAGGGGUCUUCAAGCAGGGGUCUUCAAGCAGGGGUCUUCAAGCAGGGGUCUUUAAGCAGGGGUCUUCAAGCAGGGGUCCACGGCCCCUGGGCGUCCACAGAGGUACUGCAGGGGGUCUGCCAAAAGUUUGUCAGAAUAAUUGACAGUGGACAUGUCCAAAGACGCACUGCUCUGACGUUUAGUAACCAACAAUAAUUAUGCAUGAACUUUUUAUCAAUCAUAAACACAUAUAAGCUGAAAGCCCAGUAUAUAAACAGGUUCAUGACAUGUGGGGUCCCUGUUCUGUUUGUCUCUGGUCCAGGGGCUGAAGAAGACUCCUGCUUUAGAGAGCAAACAUAGAAAAGCUUCAGUUGAGCUUCAUGCUGGUUCUCCGGUCUGUGCCGUGCUGACCGCCGUCACUGCAGAGAACACACGGACUUUAAAAAAGUCAAACUCUCGUUAUUCCUCCUAAAUUUAACGACCAUAAUGUGAAGAUUUAUCCUCUUCCACAGAGUCGCCUGCUCGUAUUUCUUGGCCAUAAAAAACAAAGAUUAGUAUUUUUAUUAAGUGCCGCUGCAGUCCAAGUUUUUCUACUUCAACCCAGAUUCUACUGUACAAACUCUGGAUGCUUAUUUAGGUUGGCAGAAAGACUGAUGGUGGAAAUGUGAGGAACCAGCAGGAAGCACAAAAAGAGGACGAGGCUUCACGAGUCAGCAUAGUGUGGGCGGAGCCUCGUGUGCAGGUGUGUUCGAGGUAACCAUCACCCAAAAAGAGUGCACGCCAUCGGCGUCAGGUGACUUCAGCUGCGAGUGUUUGAGCGUUUCCUCCACCAAUCAGAAGCGACACACGGACAGACGUACAUACUGUAACAUAUUUUGUAUCAUAAACGUUCACCUGCAUCUUCCAAUCAAAUCCUCAAAAAAGAUAAAAAAGAUUUUAAAAAAAAAGAGUGAUGAAAGUCGCCGGGUAUGUGAGCGGCGUCCCUCCGUGCAUGAGCCUCGUACAGUAGAAGUAGCACUACUGAUCAUAGAAUUAUCAACCAUAUCAGAGGAAAGAUUAAAAAACACAAUGAGGGAGAAAAUCUCAUCAUCCGUUCUUUUGCAUGACUCCUGUUUCUUUCUCUCCUCAGUCAUCGGUUUGUUUCUCAUCCCUCCCUCCCCGAACAAAGAAGAGUGUUUGCACCACGAGACGUGUUCGUUAGAUUACGAGAAGAAGUCAAAACAGAUUAUAGAAAUGAAUUCAAAAAUCAUUCAGGCAUGUUCCUCGCCAGAAUGCAAAGUGUGUGUGUGUGUGUUUGUAUGAACGUGUGUGUGUGUGUGUGUGUGUGUGUGUAUGAUGAGCAGUCACAAAUAUGCAUGGAUACCGUUGUAGGUAUUUUAUCUGUUUUCUCCUGAAGAGUCGACGAGAGAGACGAGACUGGACAGACUGUCUGUUCACCGACAGAUGAUUCAAACCUUUCUUUGAUUUUUGUCUUUGUGUUUACAAAACUUCAUCAUCACAGUCAAACUUUAACGAGCCGUGAACUCAUUAGUACCUUGCUGAUUCCAGGGUUUCACCUUCUUCAUCUCCAUCAGUGAAUUUGUUUAUUCAAAUGUGAUUCAAAGAAACAUUUCUUUAAAAGUACCCUUUAAAAUGACUGAAUACAUUUACUACUUUAAAGUAUUAAGUCGGUUGUUAAAUGUCCCUACAGGGCUCCUGUAAACAAAGUUAAACUCUGACCCUGUGACAUGUUGCAGACAUGUUGGCUCGUGGUUAAAGCUGAGUCGUGGUUUACUGUUUGACCUCGUGUUAAAUGAUGGAGCCACUUAAAGGAGACACAUUAUGGAAAAAGUUUCUGAAUUCGGGGUGCGUCCAAACAAGAAGGGGGCGAAUGAGCAGCAGCUCAUUUGCAUUUAAAGGGACAGACACGAAAAACUUCCGUCUGAGCACAGAGCGCUGCUGUGAUGUCACUGUGAUGUCACUGUGAUGUCACUGUGAUGUCACCAUCAAGACUCAUGAUCACUGUUUUACAUUUUAAUCAACAUGACGUGUGAACGAGUUACUGCAGGACAAACUUAUCGAGUAUAAAAACUGAUCGUUCCUGUCGCAGUUUUAAAAUAUUGUUUGACAGGUUAAAAAUGAAUCAUUUUCUUUGCAGAUGUUUCCUGUCUGUCACCAUUCAAAGAGUAACUUCUCACCAAAGUAACUUUUGAGUAAAGUUACUGACUGUGACUCUGAGCAGUUCAGAGUUUUUCUGUCUAGAUCUUAUAUCAUAAUAUUUCCUCCACUCAUCAGACUGUGUAUUAAAAGUCUUUAGCAGUUUUUGAAUGUGUGAAAUGAUUUGAAGUUUUUCUGAACACGGUCAGCUGUUCUUGUUUGUUCUGCAUUUAUGUGACUGACAUGAUGAAGCACAUGGGUUAAUGCUGAUGAUGACAGCCUGUGAACCGAUGGACAUGUUCAGUCUCAGUGAGCCGUGGUGAAUGAGAGCAGGAGAAAACAGCAUUAAAGCACAGAGGUGUAUAUUCCAUUCCACUAAUAAAGACGAGAGAAACCA